AAAUUUGUACACUUUUCUUGACCUCAAAAAUUUCAUGCAACAAUAACCCCUUACAUAUAACCACCUCCAUAAAAGCUAGCCAAAUUCCCAUCCAUCAAUCCCCCUUCCAUAAUUUAUUUUUUCACAUUCACACAAAAUCAAAAAAAUUAAGGCAAAAAAUAAAAUGGGAAAUAGUUUGGGAGGAAGUAAAAGUGCAAAAGUAAUGAAGAUCAACGGUGAGAGCUUCAAGCUAAAGACCCCGAUUCGGGCCGGUUCGGUCAUGGAGGGCCACCCGGGCCACGUGCUGCUCGAAUCGGAAGCCGUGAAGCACUACGGCGUGCGAGCCAAGCCGCUUGAGCCGCAGCAGGAGCUGAAGCCGAAGCGCCUCUAUUUCUUAGUCGAGCUGCCGAAAUUUCCCGAGGAAAAGGGCGCGCGGAGGGUAAAAUCGGGAAUUCACAUGGGCGCGAAGGACCGGCUCGAGAGUUUGAUGCUGGCGCGCCGCUCGGCUUCGGAUUUGUCUAUAAUGAAGCCGCCGAGCAUCGCGGCGGCCGAGGAGGAGAAGGCCGAGGCCUCGGAGGGGGGGAAGAGGGUGAGGAUGAGGCUGCCGAGGGCGGAGGUGGAGAGGCUGAUGGCGGAGAGCAAGGAUAGCGGUGAGGUGGAGGAGAAGAUCGUGAGGCUAUGCAUGGCGAAGAGGGCCGCCGCGGACGGCGGCGAUGCGGCGGCGGAGAAGAAUGUGCAUCUUAACGGAGAUCGUCGAAUCAAGAAACGAGUUGGAUUUUUACCUAUCCAUGAAGGAGAGAUCCAACAUAUUGUUAUGGCUUCAUAAUUAUUGGCAAAGGAUAUAUAAUGGGCAUUCUCUUUUUGUUUUGUCUCUCCAAAUUCCCAUGUAACACUUCUCAGCAACAAAGUAUAGCAGAUUUAUUUCUGUUAUUUUUGUAUGUGUAAAUGGUCUGAUUUUAGAUCCUGAGAAUAAUGUCUAGAAAUAUAUUCUAGCUAGGUGAAUUAUGAGAGAGUAGGUUGUAUGAUAUGAUUCUCUUCUCAUAUAGUACUACUAAUUAUUAUUAUAAAUUUAAAAUUUCUAUA